UUCAUUUCCCUCUCAAUUUCGUCGGUCAGGCAGCGUGUGAACGGCAGAGAGCUCGCCAUGGGUAGAAGACCUGCAAGGUGCUACCGCCAAAUCAAGAACAAACCUUAUCCAAAAUCUAGGUACUGCCGUGGUGUGCCUGAUCCGAAGAUCAGAAUUUAUGACGUGGGAAUGAAAAAGAAGGGAGUAGACGAAUUUCCUUUCUGUGUGCACUUGGUCAGUUGGGAGAAAGAGAAUGUCUCAAGUGAGGCACUCGAGGCUGCCCGAAUUGCUUGCAACAAGUACAUGGCCAAGUUUGCUGGAAAGGAUGCUUUCCAUUUGAGAGUCCGAGUCCAUCCCUUCCAUGUUCUUCGUAUAAACAAGAUGUUGUCGUGUGCUGGAGCUGAUAGGCUCCAGACAGGCAUGAGGGGUGCUUUCGGAAAGCCUCAGGGUACAUGUGCGCGCGUCGCCAUAGGCCAGGUCCUCCUCUCCGUGCGCUGCAAAGAUGCCAACAGCCACCAUGCUCAGGAGGCUCUGCGCCGUGCCAAGUUCAAAUUCCCUGGCCGUCAAAAGAUCAUUGUUAGCCGGAAAUGGGGUUUCACCAAAUUCAGUCGCAAUGACUUCUUGAAGUGGAAAUCGGAGAACAGGAUUGUGCCUGAUGGUGUCAAUGCCAAGCUUUUGGGAUGUCACGGACGGCUGGCUAACCGUCGACCCGGGAGAGCUUUUUUGCUACCUCCAGGUACAACUGCUGCUUAAGAUAUGAUACCGUUUGCUACGUAGAUGAGAUGAAUUUGAUUGCUUUUAAGUGAAACAUUUCGUGUUAAUUACAAUGCCUUGGCUUGAAACCUUUCUUUGUAUCGUGUUAUAUAGAAGAAGAUGAAAGUUAUAUGUUCUUUUGAUGUAUGCUAAUGUUAAGUCACAUGUAAGUUGUCCCUCUAGAGUAUAUCUUGUUUAUAAAUCUUAUUUGACUUGUAUACAUUUAUCAAUAAAAAGAGUGUUAUAUGUUAA